GCGGGAACCGCCGAACUUUAUCUGGAUCAGACCAUGACCCCAGCAAAUUGCAUCACAAAUCUGUGAACGCGUUCGAAAGUCGAUGUCUCAAUUUUCCGAAUAUAAAUCAGAGCUCGAUGCACGAUAGGCUACCUGCUCCAGACACCGCAUUUAGAUCUAGACUUUGUUACUGUGCACUGCAUCAUCCCCACCAUGUUCGAGAGCAUUCUUACCCCCCAGUUACAUAAUAGACAGCAGCACCGGGUCCAAGCUGUCCCCGCACCCCUCGUUGCAAAAAAUAUUAUCGACAUCCGGACCGACAAGUCAGAGACUCAACUACGCCAGUCCCUCGAGGAAUGCAUCCAUGCUGCCUGUCAUGGAGAAGCUGCCAUGCCGGAGCUGCUGCUCUGGGACGAGAAGGGCCUGCGGUACUUUGAGGAUGUGACGUAUACUCCAUCUUACUAUUUGACGAACGAGGAAAUUGGUCUUCUCGAGAAAUACAAGUAUCAGAUUGCCAAGAACAUCCCGGCAGGGAGCAUGUUGGUCGAGUUGGGCAGUGGAAACCUCCGCAAAAUGAAGAUUCUCCUAGACGCCCUGGAUGAACUUGGUCGAGAUGUGGAUUACUUCGCGCUGGAUGUGUCGUUCCAAGAGCUCGAGCGGACCCUCAGCAUAGUCCCUCCGGGGACCUUCCGGCAUGUGCGCUGCUUCGGACUCUUGGGAACCUACGAUGACGGUCGCGAAUGGCUGCAGCUCCCGGAGAUUCGCACCCGAUCGAAAACAAUCAUCUCCUUGGGGUCAACCUUGGGCAGCUUCGAGCGGCCGGAUGCCGCCGACUUUCUGGCCAGCUUCGUCGGCAAUUCUCCUGGAUGCAACUCGUCUCUUUUGCUUGGCUUGGACGGCUGCAAGGAUGCAGAACGGGUUUUAGCCGCUUAUAAUGAUCCAGAAGGUGUCAAUCGUCGGUUCAUCCAGCACGGGCUUGAACGGGCGAACGAGAUCCUAGGAAAUGAUGCCUUCGAUCUUGAAAAGUGGGCAGUGGUCGGUCGCUGGGAUGCCGAGCAUGGGAGUCACAAUCAAUACUAUCUGGCCUCUGGCGAGGUGGCUCUUGGUGGAGCGACCGUCCCGGCUGGUCGGAGUAUUCUGGCGGUGCAGAGUCAUAAGUAUGAUGCUGAUGACCGCGAUGCGUUGUGCCAGAGAGCAGGACUGGAUAUCGUUGAUGUGUGGGCAUCAGACAAUCACUACAAUUUGCUUUUUAUGCAGAAUCAAUAGGCUCGACAGACAUUAACAUAGAAAGACUGCGGAUACCGGGAUAAUCGUUUUCUUGGGUGAGUGAGAUUAAUUCCCUGUAAACAUGCGGGGCAGGAGUCUCCUCACGAAAUAUCAAGUUUUAAUAUGAUCAUUUCUUCAGCAACGCCUUGGCAAUAAGUGAUUCGGGGCUUUUUUUAUUUCGGUCGCUUUUCACUAGG